AUGGUGCUCAUGGACUUCAUGAUUGGGAUCCCAUCACCGAAGCUCCACGUCCCCCAUAUGUUCAAGAAAGGAUGCGGGUACCACCUGGACCUUUUCAUGGUGGCCGUGAUGCUCGGGGUGUGCUCCGUGAUGGGGCUGCCCUGGUUUGUGGCUGCCACCGUCCUGUCCAUCACCCACUUUAUACCAAUGCCUGUGCUUUACGGCGUCUUUCUCUACAUGGGCGUGUCGUCGCUCGGAGAAAUUCAGUUCUUCGAUCGCUUGAAGCUGUUUUGGAUGCCGGCGAAACACCAGCCGGAUUUCAUCUACCUGCGGCACGUCCCCUUGCGAAAGGUGCACUUCUUCACCGUGAUCCAGCUGAUCUGCCUCGUCCUGCUCUGGGCCAUCAAGGUGUCCCGUGCCGCCAUCGUCUUUCCCAUGAUGGAGCUGGUAAGAGCCCGUCCGUCGGCCGCCGUAACCCUGCGCUCUGCUCACGGGCGCUCGCCGCUGCCUCCCCCAGCCGGACGGCCCCCCCUAACGCUGCUAGUGCUGCUCCCGCUGCUGUUGCGCCUUUUGUCCAUCCGCAGCGUGCCAGGACUCCCCGAAAGCGCUUCAGGCCACGUCUGGGUGCACGGGCUGGAGAGGGGCUGCCGUGGCGCAGGGCGGCAGAUGUGGGAGGAGCUCACCAGCAGCAGCGUGGAGCACCUCAUCAUCAACCCCAACGCCGCUUACGAGAAGUUCAGGGACAAGCGCCUGGGCACCAAGGGAGUGGAUUUCUCUGACAGCAUCAGCAAGAGCAGGACAACGGGCUACGAGUCGGGGGAGUAUGAAAUGCUCGGCGAGGGUCUCGGUGCCAAAGAGACGCCGCAGCAGCGGUACCAGCGGCUGCAGCACGAGGUGCAGGAGCUGCUUAGGGAGGUGGAGCAGAUCCAGAGCACGGUGAAGGAGUCGGCGGCGGAGGAGGAGCUGACGCCCAUGGCCUUGGCCAGGCAGGUGGAGGGCCUGAAGCAGCAGCUGGUCUGCAGCCACCUGGAAAAGCUGCUGGGCCCGGCCGCAGCUGUAGACUUUGCAGACCCCGACGGCGCCCUGGCCAAGGGGCUGCUGCAGCAGCUGGAGGUGGCGAAGUGCGGCAAGGCGGCGCCGGGGAAGAGCCCCGCCAAAGCCCCGGUGCCCCCCGGGGACGGCGUCACCUUUGAGCUGUACUGGAGGCCGGAGCAGGAGCAGUUUGCCCAGACCGCCAAGAUGGCGGAGCUGGAGAAGCGGCUGGCGCAGCUGGAGGCGACGGUGCGGUGCGAGCCCGACAGCCAGAACACGCUGUUGGUCGGGCUGAAGGGCAGCAGCCUCGUGGAGACCGUGCAGGUCCUGCAGGCCAAGGUCAACAUCCUGGACGUGGCCGUGCUGGACCAAGUGGAGGCCCGGCUGCAGAGCGUCCUGGGGAAGGUGAAUGAAAUUGCCAAGCACAAGGCAGCAGUGCAAGAUGCCGACACGCAGAGCAAGAUCCACCAGAUCUAUGAGACGAUGCAGCGCUGGGACCCCAUGGCCAGCACCCUGCCUGAUGUUGUGCAGAGGCUGGUGACCCUCAGGGACCUGCACGAGCAAGCCACGCAGUUCGGGCAGGUCCUCGUGCACUUGGACACCACGCAGCAGGAGAUAGCCGGCGCUCUCAAGGACAACACGGUGCUGCUGGCGGAGGUGCAGAAGACAAUGAAGGAAAACCUGGCCAUCGUAGAGGACAACUUUGCGGACAUCGACGCCCACAUCAAGCGGCUGCAGAAGUGAGAGCACCCGGGAGGCCCCCCCCGCCUCUCUGACCCCCGCCGG